AUGAUAUGUUCAAGACGGGGCUGGGCCGCCGCUGCACUCGCCCUCGCCCUCGCCCUCGCCCUCGCCCUCGCCCUCACCGCCUGCCAGACAUACGCCCAAGAGGCCGGCACAGAAGACGCUGUCUACGCCUACGACAACGUGCUGCCUCAUAUCGAAUACCCAUGGGAGGCACAGCAAGGCACUGGCCAGGCCGCGCAGCCACACUGCUACAGAAAAGUCUACACCUUGGAUCCUGAUCUUGGUGAGGCCGAGUGCUUCACUGUUGAUCCAGAUACUGGAAUUUUUCUUGAUGUCGGCUCGCAGGGUGAGCCCUUCGACCACAUACAGAGAGUCAAUGCUGUUGCCGUGCCGGGCUUGUGGGAUGGACAUGGCCACCUCGCGCAGUACGGCGAGUUCCUACACACGGUGGACCUGUUUGAUGUCGACUCGCCGCGGGACCUCCGCAACAGGGUGAAAAAAUACGUCCGAGAACACGGGAGCAAGAUUGGCACGGCGGAGAAAUGGAUCAGGGGCGUCGGCUGGGACCAAGGUGUCAUUGGACGUAUGCCCAUGGCUGACGACUUUGAGCAAGAUCCUGAGCUGCAGGGUCUCUACAUCAUGCUCGACCGCUCAGACGUCCACUGCGCCCUCGUGUCAAACGCUGUGCUCAAACUCCUACCCCCGGACCUACCCGAUGAGAUCGAGGGUGGCCUCAUCGUCACCGACCCCGGUCGAGGCGUCUUCUGCGACAAGGCCAUGGACAUCAUCACGCCUCUCCGCCCAAAGCCCACACGAACAGACCUGGUCGCAGAGGUAAAGACCGCCAUCCAGGCCCUUCACAGGGUGGGCAUCGUGGGCAUGCACGACGCAGGGGCCCGCCCCAACACCAUCCAGCUCUACGAAGAGUUGGCAUCAGCAGAUCCAGACUGGACGCUCAAGGUGUACGCCAUGAUUGAGUGCGUGGAGCGCAACACCUUCUGCGCGGAGCAGGUGCCCCAGUUCACGAGGCCGGACGGGAAGCUCAGCGUCCGUUCCGUCAAGCUUUUUGCCGAUGGCGCCCUCGGCUCAUGGGGCAGCGCCAUGCUCGAACCCUACACCGACAGCCCCAACACCAACGGCAGUCUGCUCCUCCCGCCCGAGGACCUCCGAGACGUCGCUCUCCAGUGGGCGCAGGCGGGCUACCAGGUCAACAUCCACGCCAUCGGCGACUACGCCAACCGCCUCGCCAUUGACGCCUUGGAGAAUGCCCUCAGACACACCUGUCCCGAGACGGAGACGAAAGCACAGCUGCGAGAGUGUCAGAUGAACUUGAAGCGCCACCGCAUCGAGCACGCUCAAAUCAUACACCCAGAUGACCAGGUGCGCAUGAGAGACCUGGGUAUCAUCCCGUCGCUGCAGCCUUCCCACGCAGUAGCCGAUGCUCCCAUUGCCGAGGAGCGCCUCGGAAAGGAGCGUUAUGAGAAAUACGGCUACCGUCAUGGUUCCCUCCGCGCAAACCUUCCCAUCAUCGGCUCAGAUUUUCCCGUGACACCCCCCAGUCCGUUGCGCGAUAUCCUCGCGGCGGCGAGCUAUAAUCGUGACCACAACGAUGCGGACGGCGAGCGACCGUUCAAGAAGGAGGCAGUGACGCAGAUGCAAGCACUGGCUGGCAUCACGGUGCAUCCCGCGGCUGGCUCGUUUCUAGAGCACAAGGCGGGUCGGAUCAGGCCUGGGAACUGGGGGGAUUGGGUGGUCAUCGACAAGGAUGCCUUCACCCAGCAUCUCAUUGACGAUCCAGAGGCGGUCAUGGACCAGUUUGAUGACAGACAUAUCCUUGAGACGUGGGUAAAUGGCAAGAUGGUAUACCAACGGCCCAACCCGGAAGCGGUUGUGGAGGAAGACAGAAAGAUGCCAGAGACAUCCGUCUCGGGGGUAUGA